AUGUCAGGUCUCGACAUCAACAAGCUCCUGACAAACAUGAACCCCUUUCCCUCCAAGCCCAAACUGACUCCUCCGAAGUUUGGCUCACGCCCAAGCAAGGAUCCACUCGCCAGCCUCGUACCUCCCAUCAGGAACAACGAAUCCGAAGACGACGAUCUGGACGAGCCCCAAUACCUGAAGUCGCGCAAAACGAAGCCGGGAACAGCACCAACCAACACCUGUCACGCCGCGGAGGUCAAUGCAAUGCGUAAGGACAUCAAGCAGACCAAAUCAGAUGUCGAAAAAUUGAAGGCAACCUAG